UGUCUCUUUGAAUGUUUGCGCCAAUUGUUUACAUAAUUAUUGACACAAUUAUUGAUAUAAUAGUUAACUUAAUAUUUAAUUGAUUGAUAUUUUGGUGAUUAAGUCAUCAAUAGUUUUGUGACAACUAAUGGAUGGAUACAACAUUUGAUCGCUUUGUAGACGAGUGGACACAUGUAUGGCAACAAAUCAUGGAUAAGUUGAUUGAGUUGAAAGAGUGGCAACAAAUGCAAGAAGAAGUGAUUCAAAGGAUUCACACCAAUCGCCAAAUGAAACCAAUAAAUGAAGAAGACGUUGAUUCUGAUCCAGUCGUUGACAAUAACUCACACAUAAAACAGUUAUUACAACCAAUAGAUAAACAAAUGAAAACAUGUUUUAGUGAUGAAUCUGUUGAAGACGUGAGAGCAGAUGAUAAUGAUUUCAAUAUAAGUCAGACGAGUGAUAACAUUAGUUUUAACCAAUCAUUUGCUGAAGAUUCGGUAGUUGUUCCCGGAAUUGAUGGCAAAAAUGUCAAGACAUUCGAACAAUUACUUGAUCUCAGACUUAAUGGCCAAAAAACUGACGAAUCGGUGGAAACAAUACAAAAUAAACCGAAAAAACCUUUUCUUCGUAAAGGAGAAGGAGUUAAGAGAUUUGCGCCGAAAAAUAGUGGCAAAAAACGGACAACAAUUACCAAAGUAUUACCAGAAAGUGAUAAUAAGUUAUUGGAAAUAAAGACUUUUGUCCGUAAAGUAGAUACAAAUGUUUUAAAUAAAGUGAACACAAAUAGACAUCAAUUUAGAAAAUGCAAUAAAAAUGAAGAAAAACCACAAAUGAAGAAACCUGUGAACAAACCAGUUAUGCCAUUGACUACUAAAUUGGAUAAAAACCACAAAUCAGUUGUAAUCACCAGAAAUGCUCCGACAGUUAUUCAAGAUUUAGACGAUAGCGACGAAGUAUUGUUUGAUUGUUUGCAAAAAAUUUAUGAAAACAUAUCAAUUGAUGACAAUUCAAUUGAUGAACAACUAAAAGACAAAGACAUAAACGAAUUACAAGAUUUACUCAAAAAAAUUGAAUUAAAAAAGAAAAAUCUUAAGCAAAGUUGUAGUGAUAGUAAUGGAUUUAUUGGUGCUAACGAUAGACAAGUAACUGCUGAAUAUACAAGACAUUUGCCGGUUAAGAAAGAGGUCAAGAAAAGAGUUCAUUGGAGGUCUCAAGAUAUUGAAGAAAUUGAUAGUGAGGAACAAUCAUCAGAUUCAUGUGAAUUAUCUGAACCAAAAUGUGGCGCUUAUUCUUCAGCACUUAAACAUCAAAUCAAUGAUCUUGAAGAACGGUUAACGAGAUUGAAAAAUAGUAGUAAAGAGAAAAUAUCGGAUAAAAUACUUACAAAACCACAAUCAGUCGAUUCAGAUAUUUUGAGUCCAAUCAGUAAUGAACUUAAGAAACUGACGGAACAGAUUGAAAAACUAAACAAAAAGAUGAUUAGUAUUGAGUCGAAAUCAUUUGAUUUAUUUAGCGGUCAAAAACAUGAAAAGACAAAUCUUAAGCAAAAUGUUAAAGUGUUUCCCAUCAGAAGUGAAAAGACUUUGACAACCAAUGGACACAAUAUAUCAGUGAAUGAAAGACAAACUGAUACUACAAUUAAUUUUCCAAAUGGAGAUAAAAUGACUGUUUCUAAAGAUAAUACAAUUUUCUACACCUUUGCUAACGGUGCCACUCAAACAACAUAUCCGGAUGGCCUCAAAAUCAUUGAUUUCCCGAAUGGUCAGUCAGAGAAAAUACAUAAGAAUGGUGUCAAACAUAUCACUUAUGCCAAUGGUUUGCAGCGAAUUAUAAACCCCGACAGUUCUGAAGAAGUUCGUAUGACUGAUGGAACCGUUUGGAGAAUACAUUCGGAUGGCUCUGAAGUAUUAGAGUUUGCGAACGGAGACCGAGAGAUUAGAACCGAUAAGUUUAAGAGAAGAGAGUAUUCAAAUGGAAAUAUGAAAACAAUAUAUUCUGACGGAACUGAAGAAACCCGUUAUGUUUGUGGAAGACUUAGGAUUAAAGACAGAUUCGGUAAUCUUAUGGUCGACUCAAUGGUCAGACAUUUAAAUCAACACAUUUAAUGAAGUGAUUGAAUUUAAAGUGAAUUAACCGGUAAUUAUU